AUGGAAAUUGAAAACUAAGUUUGUUUUUAAACUAUUUUGGCCGCAUAUGUAUUUGAAAAAUGCAAAACCUUUACUGGCUAGAAUGUCAACAAAAUCUAAGAAAUUUAAAUUGUGUUCCUUGCUUAUUAUGUUUUCAGGAUUUGAAGGCGAAAGAUCAAGAAGUAGACUGCCCAGUGUCCACCAACAAAAAUGGGCAAGUUGUUAUCAAAAUCCUGGCUAAACCAGGGUCAAAGGUGAAUGGCAUUACAGGGAUAGAUGCGGAGGGGGUUGGGGUUCAGAUAAACGCUCCGCCUGUGGAGGGGGAAGCCAACACUGAGCUGGUCAAGUACAUGGCCAGAGUUCUCGGCCUCCGUAAGAGUGAUGUGUCCUUGGACAGGGGUUCACGUUCAAGAAAUAAGACUUUAGUCGUGUCAAAAGGCUGCCUAACAAAAGAUGAUGUUUUGCAGAAACUGAAAACAGAACAGGAAGAAAGUUGAUUGCUUGUUGUGCUUUGUAAAUGGUUUUUAGUGUGUCAGCUUGUCAUGCCUUACAUUUAAUUGGCAAGUGAUGAAGACAUCAAGAAUGUAACAUGUACUUUUUGCCUUAAGUUUUUAAAAGACAAUUUUCAGCUUAAAGUUAACUUUAAUGUAAUUUUAAUGUUUUGCCGAGUUAAUAAAUACUGAUUAAAGACA